AUGUUUGAAGACGUCACCAUCACGGACUUCAACACACUUGGCGACCACUUUGGCUACCCAUCAUUUGCGAAUGCGACUUACGACUAUGUUGUGGUUGGCGGGGGGACCGUUGGCCUAACGGUCGCCGCGAGAUUGGCUGAGGCUGGGGAGAUGGACAACGGAAAUCUUUCCACCAUGCCCGGCACUGCCGCGUAUUUUGUGGGCACUGACCCCGGCGAGAGAAAUCCAUUGAUCGAUUGGGAUUAUCGGACUGAGAGACUCGGCGGACGACGAAUCUUGUAUAACUCCGGAAAGACAUUUAGCGGCGGCAGCGCACGUAAUUAUAUGAUCUACGACAGGGGGACCACAGGAUCGUAUGCUAAGUGGGCAGAUGACGUAGGCGAUAAAAGCUAUGAAUUGCCCAACUUUCUACCUUACUUCAAGACGAGCGUACGCUUUGACGGUGCAAACAACGACCUCCGCGCAAGCAAUUCCUCCAUCAAUGCUUCCGCUUCUACGUUCGGCACUGCCGAUCCGGGUUCAUGGGCAAAAUUAGCCCUAGCCGAGCUUAGGUUACAUGAGCUGCAAGAAUUCGUAAGCGGGAAUCUGCUCGGGUAUCAGUACGCUUCGCAAACCAUUGAUGGUGCCUCGCAGACACGAAGCUCGGCCGAGACAGCAAACCUGCGAUCAGCUAUUCGGGACAAUUCGCAGCUGCAACUGUAUAAAGCAACACUCGCCAAACGUAUCCUCUUCGAUGACAACAAGGCCGCAAGAGGUGUUCUGGUCGAUAGGGUGGAGGUUAUCAUCUCUGCAGGCGCUCAUCGUUCUCCUCAGUUGCUGAUGGUCUCGGGGGUUGGACCACGAGAACUUCUAAGAGCCUUGGAAGCAGACCAACCGUUUUUCGGACCAUCCUAUCCCGUAUCCCUUCGUACGCACUCAGCUCUGUCAAAUCCAGCUUUUAUGGCCGAGCAAUUCAUAAAUUAUCGGGAGAGCCGCACAGGUUAUCUGACCAAUCCGGGCUCCGACUUCCUUGCUUUCGAGCACGCCUUCUACGGCAUGGGCCGCGAUACGCUGGUAGACCACGCCUUCACGCCAAUUGACGGCCGCCACUACGUAUCAGUCUUGCCCACGAUCGUGGCUACCUUCAGCCGCGGCAACGUAUCAAUCAAUAGCACGGACACGGCGGUAAACCCGAUCAUCCACCCUAAUUUGCUCUCAGAUCCGCGCGACCGUGAGAUUGCCGUCGCGGCGUUCAAGCGCGCGCGCCAGAUCGCCAACACCGCGGCCCUAGCACCCGUCAGGGACGGCGACGAGGUCUAUCCCGGUCCGGCGGUGCAGACGGACUCCGAGAUCUUGGAGAACAUCAUGGUGAGCACCGCGCCAAUCUGGCACGCCGCCGGGACCUGCAAGAUGGGCCGGGCGACCGACAGCAUGGCCGUGGUGGAUGCCCAGGCACGGGUCUACGGUACCACGGGUUUGAGGGUUGUUGAUGCAUCGGUAUUUCCAUUAUUGGUGCCGUAUGCGCUUGCAGAGAAGAUUGCGGCUGCGACCUUGAGAGGAUGA